CCCUGGUCCCUUUGAACAUACAGUGCUGGCCUUUGGGAGGGCAGGGCCAGGGAACCUGGAAGGUAGCCUGUUGUGCAGAGGUGGCAGCUGCUUGUCCUGUGAGUGUCUGGGACCUGGAAAGAAGGACCCCCGAGGCCUGGGCUUUGGGGGUCUCUGCCAGGCUCCUGCCCGCUCUCCGUCCUGUUCCAUGCUUGUGCCUCCCUGUCUCAAGAGUGCCCAGCCAUCUCGGGGACCUGAAGGAACCAAAGAACCAGCCUGUGGGAAGCUCAGCAGAACUUGGGACUCCCAGCCGCGAGAGCGUACCGGGAGUGGGCGGAGCCGGCUCCAAGCGCGAAAGAUGGCUGAGGUAGCUGCUGUCUUGGCUUCUGGCUCUCCCGGCGAUUUCUGCGAAGACGACGGUGACAGCCGUGUGUUAAAGGCGGCCUUGGAGGUGUUCGGGAAGCUGAAGGACCUGAACUGCCCUUUGCUGGAGGGUCUAUACAUCACAGAACCAAACACGAUCCAUGAACUGCUGUGUACGCCUUCAAAGUACCGCUUAGAGAUCCUGGAGUGGAUUUGUACACGGAUCUGUCCCUCUAUGCAGGACAAGUUCAGCUCACUGAAGGGGGCCCCGGUGGAGGCAAAGAUCCAAGAGAUGGUGAAACUAGGCCAUGAGCUGAUGCUGUGUGCGCUUGAUGACCAGGAGCUGGUUAAGGGCUGUGCCAGUGCCCGGAAGCAGCUGCGGUUCAUGGGCCAGAUGCUUGAUGCCAUGCAGAGCCUGGCUGCUGGAUGUUCCCGCUACUCCAGUGUGAAGGAGCAUGUCGAGGACACUGUCGAGAAGAAUGAGAUAAUGCUGGCUGAACUCUUCUCUGGCACAAACGUGGACGCACUUCUGAACUCUGAGUUGGAGCUGUGGCCCCUGGACGUGCAACCUGCCCUUGAGGGUCAGAGUGCUGAGUGUGAAGGGGCUGGCCCCUUGGCCCAGUUGGAACAAGAAAAGGUGGCAGAACUGGCCAGGCAGCUGCAGGAGGGUGCGGCCAGGCUGUGGGCACUCAGGACCGAGAGCCUGGAGCAAUACAAGAUCGGGGAGGCUGUAGGUGGUGCCGACACCAGCAUGCUGGAGCAGAAGCUGCGCCUGGUCAUCUCUGACUUCCACCAGCUGGUCCUGGCCUUCAUCCAAGUCUAUGACGACGAGCUGGGGGCGUGCUGCCAGCGCCCGGCCCCCGACCUCCACCCAUGUGGCCCCGUCAUCCAAGCCGUGUACCACACUCUCACUUCCUGUAGCCAACUGUUGCAAGCAGUUGUGGAAGUCACGGACGCCUCUGGGGAGGCCGUGGAUGCGGCGGCGCGGCAGGAGAACGAGCCGAUCUGUUGGGACAGCAGCAGCUCCAUGACGAGCCUAGCCACCAAAAUAGAAGAACUAACACAGAAAUACCAGGUCUUCAACGACAGCCUGCAGGAGGGCAUGGGAUAGUGUGGGGCUGCAGCCUUCAG